AAGCUGGUUGCCAACCGCCAAUAAAAGCCAGUAGAAGAAGAAGAAGAAGACGAAGAAGUCCACGAAGAAGAACCCGAAAACGGAAGUAGAGUUUUCCGGUGUCCUUGUGUGACUGAGGCGACUGCAGACGGACUCUUAAGAUGAACAGAUCCAUAUUUGCGCUCCAGCAGGUGGCACGGCGGACCAUCACCAGCUCUGUCCGCCGUCAGGUUGAAAACAAAGUCCCACAGAAACAAAAGCUUUUUCAGGAGGAUAACGGGAUGCCGGUUCAUUUGAAAGGAGGCACCGGCGACGCCAUCCUGUACAGAGCGACGAUGGUCCUCACUGUCUUCGGUGCUGGAUAUGUCGUGUACGAGCUGGUGAAGGCGGCGUUCCCUCAGAAGAAAACCUAACUCCUGCCUGCUCCCGCUGUUUCCUUCCAUUUAAAAACAGGCCUGCAGCUCUAUAUAUUGUAUAAAAGAUGAUGAACCUCCCUGUGUACCGGGCGACUUGUUUCCCGUUACGGUGGGAUUUUGUUUCAUGUUCAUGGGAUCAAUAUUUAUUUCUUGUACUCUCUGUGGUGACCUGAGGAUCAAUUAAAAAAAAAAAAUGGCUCUCAUGACCAAAUCUUA